AUGGGGACCCAUUGCAGAGGUGGCAACAGUGACAAGCCUUACAAUGACGAGGGGCAAACUCUGUCGUCCUCCGCCUCACUUGCCUUUUGGAUGACUGGAGUGGCGGGUAUGCCUUCGGGGCAGCUGCACCACGGCGUCGCACAGGAAGAGGAGGUGGGGGGCGAGACGCGGAAACGGCAGCGGCAGCAGAGGGUGCCGUCCAGCAGCAGCAGCAGUAGUGGUAGCAGUGGCUUGGCUGGCCUGGCGUCGUCGCCCGAUCUAGUGACGCCCAGCAGUGUGGUGUGGGUUCGUGGAGUGGAGGCGUGUGGCAGCAGCAACCUGCGCAACAGCCACCGCAACAGCAACGCGCAGCCAACGUCCCUUUCAUCACCGUCAUCGUUGUCGUCUCCGCCAGCGGCGGCGGAUGUGCCUGUGUGCAUCGUUGAUGAGACUGUCAUGUGCAACGUGGUGCCGCUGCUGCCCCGCACACACGCUGAGUAUGGGCUUGUUGCACAGAUUGUGCCGUGCACGCUGUGGCCGCCGCCUCUCCCCGCGACGGACGGCGCAGACACCACGGCAAACGUGACAUGCCUGCAGCAUGCUGCCAGUCUCGCGUCAAAGAUGCACUACAACUCACUGCUCACCUCGUCCACACCGACGCUGUCCUCCGCCCCUGCUGCCCUGCCAGGCGCGCUGGUAGAGUGGGCGGAGGGCAGCGUCGGAUACACGGCCGACACAGAGGGGCUGUGGGCGGAGCAGCGCGUGGUGGCGCAGCGGUACUACUGCCUGCCACCGUCGCCGCUGCCGCCGCUGCAGUAUGACGACAAGAAUGGUCACAAUGUGCCAGGCCGAGUGGUAAAGCCACGCGCGCUGCCGACUACGUUAGCAUCUGCGGUGGUGCAGCAGUUGCGCCGCCUUGGUGACCACCAGCGCGAAAGAAUGAUACAAGAGGAUGGUGGAGCGGAGUGGGAAUUGCGCUUUGCCCGCGUGGUGGAGAUGACGUACGACACUGCGGUGACGCUCGAACGGCUCACCAGCAGGCGUGACACCGGAGCUCCUGCUGCUGCUGCGCUUUCCUCCACCUGCGACGCAUUGCUCGACGAUAUUCUCCUUAUUGGCAUCGUCCCCCGUGGUGAGCCUCAUCACAUGAAGCUUGUGAGCCUAUCCGAAGCGUAUUGCAUGCUGAAAGAGCAGCAGCAGCAUAAGCACCGACGAGGUGAGUGUGCCGAUGACAAGGGGGAUGUAGAGCCGCAAUGCACCGUUGCGUAUGCCCUGCUGGACAUGAUUCUGCAGGCCCUGCGAGACUCACUCCACCGCCGCAUUGGGGUGCAAUAUGAACUUCUCCGUCUUCUGCGCGUAAAGGCGUUGGCAGCGGCGCACCGUGAGCUGAUUGCACAAUACAUGCGCUGGUACACCAACAUCCCUACACCACUCGCUGUGUUGCGCGUGCUGGCGGGCAGCACUCGCUUCGCCCCGCUUGUGGCGCAGCGCUGGCCCCGUGCAGCAGCGGCGCGUGGUGGCGUGAAGGGUGAAACCGGCGUAAAGCGGCGGCGCGACGAGGACACCAAUACCCACAACGAUGCUGAAGAGGACUGUGAGGAGGACGAUGAAGAGGAGGAAAAGGCACAUUCCUCCGCCUCAACUUCGCGUGAUGGCGCAAUUUCAAACAGCUGCAGCAGUGUGGGUGGCGAUCGAACAGUGAACACGGUGGAGGUGCCGUGCGAAACGGAUCUUCUUGAAGAGAACUACAUGAGUCGUUUUGCCGCCUGGCUGCGAUGCAAAGGUGGUAACAGCAGCAACAGUAGCAGCGGCAACAGCAUCAGCAACCAUGGCAGUGGUGGCAAUAACAGCUGCAGUAACAACAACAACAACAGCAACAACAACAACAACAGCAGCAGUAUAUGCGAUGAGACGGCACUCACAGCGACGGUUGGUUGGCUGCGUCGGCGGAAGCGUACUAUGACGCUGAAGGAGUUGGACGCAUUUGUGCGUAAGAGGCAUUGA